AUUAAUAGAUUUAAUAAUACAACAUCUCCACCUAAUCAUCUAAUAUUUCAAGCAUCACCAAAGCUAAGAGGAAUAAAAACUAAUAAUACUAGUUUGGAAUUUACUCCUUUACUAUAUUUUAUACCAAUAUUAUAA